GUACUUAUUCAUUCUACCAAUAUGGCUGUCACAUCUUCCGCCGUUUGAAUAUUCUGAAGAAAUACAUCCAAAUUUUGGAAAAUUAAGUUUGUAAUUAUAGAAAAAGUGUAAUUAAAAUGAUGUAACUCUAAAGUGUAAAAUGUAGUCGUUUAGAUAAAUAGCAAUGCUGAAUUUAAUAUAAAUAUUGAAAAAGUUUCCAAACAUUUCUUUAUGUCAAAUUCGUGUCAAAAAUAACCUCCAGUUUUUGCAGUCUAACAAUAACUUUUUAAUUUGCAAAGAGUUUCCAUAAUAUUUUUCAAUUUUUACUUUUAAUAAGUGAAAACCAAUUGAUUAUAUAUAGAAAGUAAAUAAAAUAAAAGGUUUUGUAAAUAUGAAUAGUACAGGAACAUUGCAUCACAGCACAGCGUCUAGUGAAGAAAUUCACUUUUUCGUAAGAGACAAACAUGCUUGGGAAAGCGCCAUUUCUUCUUAUAGUGGACCUGAUCCUUUGGAAAUGUGGUACAAUUAUAUAUGCUGGUAUGACUAUAACAUUCAUAUGGACCCUGAAAACAAAUUUAGGGAAUGCUUAGAAAAAUGUUUAUCGUUAUUUGAAAAUGCUGAUUAUUACAAACAAGAUUUGAGAAUGGUCAAGUUAUGGGUUAAGUACAUAGACUUACAGCCAAAUCCAUUAAAUUUAUAUCAGUUGUUAUAUCAACGUGGUAUAGGUACACAGUGCAGCUGCUUUUAUAUAAGUUGGGCUCAUUAUUAUGAUUCUGCAAGUGCAUUCAAACAAGCGGAGUCUGUUUAUAACUUAGGAUUUCAGGCCAAGGCGGAACCCUAUAUGGAAUUACAAGAAGCGCAUACGAAAUUUCGGUUGUCAGUUUCCCAAAGAAUGCUUUAUAAUGAUAGUUCAUCAAAAAAGAGGAGCGCUAAUCAUUUAAACGAGCAACGUCAACAAAUUACAACUCUUAACCCUUCUAAUAAUGCAGCAACAAAUCCAAGUAAAAAAAUUAGAUCUGAAAUUCAAGAAAAUUGCUCAGAAACCGGUGAAUAUCGCAACCAUAUUCCUCAAUCGCAACAGCAACAGCAACCACAACAGCAUCAAUCACAGCAACAACAUCAGCAACAUCAAGCUCAACCGCAACAACCACAACAACAACAACAACCCAUUCCACAUCAUACACAGUCUCACAAUCAAUAUAAUCAACAACAAACCGUACAACAUCAGCAAUCUGUACAAGUUCACUCUCAAAUACAACAUCAACCACAAUUGCCACAUCAAACGAUUCAUCAUCAUAACCAAGCAGAACAAAAUAUAACGCAGCCUUAUGUACAAAACCAAAAUUAUUCCCAAAAUGUACAUGUACAACAAAAUCAACAGCAUGCUCACUACACAUCAAAUGUAUAUCAAAGAGAAAAUCAUUCUGCAUCGAAUUAUUAUGCUGAAAAUAACAGAGCACCUUCCGAAACGUAUUACAAACAUGAGAAUAACAAUGAAUUGCGACCUGAAUCUUCAAAUAUAUGUUCAUAUAACCAAAAUUCAAGCUUAGAAACAAGUAUUAAUAAUCAAUAUAUUUUGCAAAAUGUUAAAAUUCCUGCGAAUUUUGCGAGAUAUUCUCGAAAUAAUUAUGAAAUGUGGAAACCUCUAUUAUUUCUUGAAGAGCCUUUUGAUGAAAACAAAAGAUGUAUGUAUCAAAAACAUUUGGUUUAUCCUGGAGAUCAAAAUGAGUAUAGCCCAGAAGAAAUAAGGGCUAAGAAAUGGAUAUGCAAAAUGCAGCAAAAAAAAUCUGAAAAUAGCAAACCCGAUACACCUAAAGCAGAUUUGGAGCAAGUCACAGAAACUACAACGACGGAAUAUAAUGAAUUUCAGUCACAAAAUUGCAAUGAAUUUUAUGUUGGAGAUUUAGAAGAACAAAUAGAGGCUUCUACUAUUCGUUUUAGUAUGGACAGUAACGGGGAAAUGAAAAACAAAACACUAAAAAUUAAAUUUCGCAAAGAUCCUGUUCAAAAUUAUAGUAUAGAUAAUAAUAAUAAAGUAUCUAAUUAUGAAGAUUGUUUUAAACAAUUUGAAAACAGAUCAGAAAGCACAGCUUAUCAAAAUUCGACACCAAAGGUUAAAAAAAUAAAGAAAAUUAAGAUUAAAAAUAAUUACGAUAGUCCACAAAUUCCAUCAGAAAAUUCUAAAAAGAAAACUAAGUCCAGCAGAACCAAAAAAAGGUUUGAUGACGCAAAUUUAUUAUUAUCCUUUGCCGGAAAUACAAAUUCUGCCGAUGGGAAUAGUUUUACAGAGAGUGAAAAUACUUCUCAAUGUGAUGAUACAUUGGAAUAUAAUGAAGACACUAACAAUGAUUUUAAUUCAACUUACAAUGAAACCACGAGUAACAUGUCAAAUGCUUCUACUCCUGUUAAAAAAUUAAGUAAUGCAAACACUGAACAAAAUUUCAAGAACUUAAAACAUAGAAGUAUAAAUGUCAUACAAAAUGAAGAUUCGCUAAGCUCCUACGAACAAAAUAGUUUCUUCGGAGCUGAAAAUGAUGAAGAGGUUAGAAAAAAGCGAUUGGAAAAAGCUUUACAAACUAUUGAAACGCAUCUUGCUAAACCUGUUAUUGAUCCUUUUAGUUUUGAGCUUUGCAAAGCAUUUUUAACUAAACUAGAUUUUCCGCCAAGAAACGAAAACAAUUGCAAACUUGUUAAUACCCCUGUGCCAAAAAUUGGUAACUUAAAAUACAUAACACUUGCAGAUGUUAACUAUAGUUUGGAGAAAGAAGUUGGUAAAGGUUCAUAUGGCUCAGUUUACAGAGCUUUAAAUACAAAUACCGGUGCUGUGGUAGCAUUGAAAUUUCAACGGCCUCCUAACAAUUGGGAAUUGUAUAUUUGUAAAGAAGUUAGAAAACGUAUUAAAUAUCCGUACAUUUUGUCUGGUAUCAUGGAUGUUUCUACUGCUGUGAUUACACCAAAUGCUAGUAUAUUUGAAACCGAAUUUUCUUCUUUCGGAUCUUUAUUAGAUGUCAAUAAUAAAUUGAGACAGGCUACAAAAAAGGUGAUGCAUGAAAGCUUAGUCAUACAUUUUAGCACACAAAUUUUGGAAAUCAUGGAUCAUUUACAUUCAUGUAAAAUAAUUCAUGCUGACAUAAAACCGGAUAAUUUUUUACUCAUGAAAACACCGUCGGUUGAUACAAUUUCUCUUCGUCUUAUCGACUUUGGUUGUGCUAUAGAUAUGAGUUUAUUUCCUGAGUAUACGCAGUUUAAGAAGGUAAUUCAAACUGAUGGCUUUACAUGUACGGAAAUGCAAGAAGGAAAACCUUGGUCUUAUCAAACAGAUUAUUACUGUAUUGCUUGCACAAUUCACGUAAUGUUAUUUGGAGAAUAUAUGCAAGUUGAAAAAAAAUAUAAUGCUUGGGACAUCAGGCAGAAGUUACCGAGAUACUUAAAAAAACAUCUUUGGACAGAAUUCUUUUCGAAAAUGCUUAAUAUUCCUGAUAUAAAAUGUUUACCGAGUUUAAAAGAAAUUAAUGAUCAAAUGCGAGAAGAAUGUUUAAAAAUGGACUCUGAACUACAAUCUCAAAUUCGUACACUUUCAAAUAUUUUAUACAAGCGUUAAAUGUUGGAAUUAAGUUCAAUGUAAAUAUUAAAAAAAAGGUUUAGUUUUGUAAAAUAGCUUUUUCCCUCUGAGAAAAGGAUUAUAUAUGUAUGUUAUUUUAAUUUAAAAGGAAAACAAAAUAAAUUUAUAUUUAAAUAUUUAAAAAUAUAAAAUGAAUUGUAAAUUUAUUAUUUUAUUUAAGGGAUAUUAAAG